UGUGAUAUUUUCAUGAAAGCAGACCAGGUUUCCAGAAGAAACUUCAGCUGUCAGGAAUAGAAGAUAAGUCAACUGUAAAGAGUGGUAAUGCACAAAAAGAAAAAACAAAGUAGAAAUUAUAUACCUUUUACCAUUCAAGAUGUCUGUGAUUGUGACUUCUACAGCUGGAAGAAAACAGAAAAGAGACCUUUCUUAAUCACCCCUUGAUGUUAAUACAAAGGCAACAGGAGAAGCAUUUGAAACAAACCAUUUAAGUUACUACAGACUUGUCAAACAAAAAGCAGUGUGACAGCAUGAUGUCAGUCUCUCAGAGGAAAGAGAUGUUUUUGUUCAGUGACUGCUGAUGUCCCGGUAAGAUGCCUGACAUAAAAGUAGAAAAUGAAGUUUAAACAUACAAAUCUUUUCAAUUCAUCUUUUUUUUUUUCCUCUUUUUUUUCUUUUUUUCCCCCUGUGCACCAAUAAACCAUUACAAUUAAUGAUACAGGAAUUUACAGACAAGAAAGUAAAUUGUUUCCUUUCAUUGUCAACAUAAAAUGGCUAUUUUCAUAGUUCUGUUACAUAGUUCUCUGUCCCGUUAUAGGCAUAGCGGUCUUAUGUGCUCCACCUGAAGGACCUGGUUUGCCAGCAGGAACAGGCUUAGGAUGCACUAUUCAAAAGUGGAAUGCUGGUCCUCAGCGCUGUCACAGAGAUGUGGCAUACAUGUCACAACAGUGACCUCCUGUGGUAAUUUUACUGCUUCGUGCUCUUCAGAGAACACAGCUUGAGUAAAGCAGGACUGUGUUUCAAAUCUGUGGCAAAUGUCCACCAGCGUCCCUGCCAGGCAGAAGCAAAUCUCUCCCUAUCCACAGCCAAUAUUGGGAUCAUAAAAAAAAAAAACCGUAUGCUUCACAUCUAUUGUUGCUGUACAUGGAAAGGCAUUAUAAUUAAAAGCACUGAGUGUUAUCACGCUGGGAGCCUUUUGGUGUCAGCAUAGGGCUCUACAAUCUACUGAUACUUGCUACUUGCAAAGCUACAAAGGCAGCCAGCAUUUCUGUGCAGCUGUUCAUGUAGAAAACAAUGUGAGCAGCCCUUGAUUCCUCCUGGCCUUGCUUGACCAUUCUGCCUGUGUUUUAAUUUGCAGGCACUGCUAUUGUUCAUUCCAAGACUUCUCCCUCCUAGAUUGGAAGUGGGAAAGUUUUGGCAGCCGUUGCCACUGAUGGCUUAUAUUCUUGAGCCUGACAAUCAUCCUGGAAACUGCUGGCCCUUCCCAGGAAGUCAAGGGCACGUCUUCAUCAAGUUGCCCAGGGCCGUCUUUCCCACAGCAGCUAUGAUAAACCACGGAAUUCCAGCAACAGCGUACCAUGCAGACAGCAUCUCCAGUGCUCUGGGUUCAUCAGUAACAUAAGGCUGCAACUGCUCAGCAACCAGGGCCACCCAGAGUACACCUGUGUGUAUCAUGAAGGUACUCUACCAUGACAGUAAUGCUAGGGGAAAGCUAUCUGGUUUACUUCAGAAUAAAUAACUUUUCCCAUGUGGAAAAGUUUGGCGAUCUCUGCUGUCAUCUAGCUUUCUAACACCGUGAUGGUCCAUUGCUGGUCCACUGCCAGCCUUUUAAUGGGCAUCAGGAGUCAUUUACUUUCUCCCAACACUCCCUUUGUCCCAAAGAUUGCUGUGGAACACAAGGAAAACCAGGGAAGUCUCUGCACACACAGAUAAAGAAGACGAAGGGGAAUGUCUUGAUGCUGGCUGUCACUGUGGGCUAAUUCCAGCUGGUGUGUGGUUCCUAGCGAUAAGGAUUCCACCAGACUGUUGCACAGCUUUUCCACUGUUGUACGCUCACAACAUGCCUCCCCAUGUACAGUGCUCCCUCCGCCCUGCUGGCAGUGCUGGGCCUGAUGCACCCUAGGCUACGGCUAGCAUUCCUGGCUGCCUGAGCGUACUGCUGACUGAUGCUCAACGUGCUGUCGAACGAGAUGCCAAGCCGCUUUCAGCAGAGCUGCUCUCCGUCAGAUAAAAUGGCAGCCUCGGCCUGCGGGGCGGGGUUGGACCGUUGGUGCCCGCCUCUGCUGGGAGGUGCGCCGUUAGCUUUGGAGCCGCCGCGUCGCUAAGGGGAAGCGGCGGCGUCAGCGGUGUUACAGCGGGCUGACAGCUGAGAGCCCGGCCCGAGCGUUUCUACCGCCCUGAGGCUCUCAGCACUUUAAACCGUAGGCACAUGUCAGUAUGUUUAUGAUUACGUAAUAGCACCUGAGGAAGAUAUCUGCCUUAAGACAGUUUGGUUACACUUAGGUAACUCUAUUUGGAGUCAUCUCAAAUGAUAUUACCAGAUGCCUGUGGAGCAGCCAGAGAAAUUGACGAACUCAGAAAUCCCACAUCCUCCUACAUCCCAGAUUCCAGGUCUUGGUGAUCUUGCAAAAGCUCACAAUGAAGGGAUGUUUGGGUGCCGUAGGAAGUGGAUCAAAGAUACUGAUUCAGCUUACAUAAGGCUAGCAAAGCAAGGAGGCCGACCUGACUUGUUGAAGCACUAUGCUCCUGUUACAAGGAAGUCGACGCCGGUAGCAUAUGCUGCGCCUGACUGGUUCUUGCACCACUCCAGUCCUCCAUCAACCAAUGAGCCACGGAAGAAUAUUUCCACUCUACCUGAUUAUAUGAUUCACAAAGAGUUUAAUGAUGACCAUCACAGUAGUAAUUAUGAGACAAGAAGAGGGCCUUUUGAUUUUGAUACAAAAAGUGUUUGGCAACGGGAUGCUGAGGACAAAGAAAACACAGAGAAAAAAAAGGUAAAGCUUCCAGCUAUAAAUGCUAAAUAUCCAAGCAGAACAGCAAAUGUUUGUAUGAACAAGGAAUUCAGUGGGAAAAAUAAACUUUCCUUCCCACCAAUGCCUGCUCAGAGAAAAGGUGAACCAGUUAACUUUAGCAAAUUAAUCAGCAAUGGUUAUGGGACAGACUGGCUUCUGCAACAUAUUGGAUGUGGAAAAAAGAUUCAAGAUACAUCAGAAGAUAGCAAGAAGUCCCAAGAUUCAGAGCCAUCACAAUCUGAAUCAGCACCUGCAAGCAGUGAAUUGAAACCAGAAUUUCAGGAGUGUAAACAGUAAUUAGAAAGGCUAUUGGGGAAAGUAAGGUAUUAUAUAGCUUAUGAUAAAGUCCCCUACUUACUGUUUA